AUCUUGGCAGCGCUCUUUUCCAAACAUUGGCGGAUAUUGUGAUUGAAGUAAUCAAUGAAGCUACUACUUAUCAAAUUAGCGUCAAAAGACUUCAAGAGUCUCCGAAAUUAAUUGCUAUCUCGCUGAUAUAUUUUUGGUGUUUAUUGCUCUGAUGAUACCUGAAAUUGAUGAGCUAUGAAGGCAAUAAAUGUUUAAUAUGUUUAUGCGCUACAUGGAAUCAUAAGCGCGAUAAGCCGGUGUGGGUUCAGUGUAGAUUUCUUGCCACAUGUCAAGUGAGCAGCAAAUUCCCUCAGUAUCGUGGAAAAAUCGCGAAAAACAGUGUGAAAGUGUCUGGAAAGCAUGCGGCGGUGUCAGUAGAGAGCGCGCCGGCUGCAAGCGACAAUGCCAACGCGACGCCGCCUGGGAAACACAGGAGAAUCCCACUGGACUGUUCAGGCUUCCGGAUGGUGUGUGAUGAUGCCCUAAGAUGCGCCUCAUCCAGCAAUUCCUCAUUGUGACCUUCGUCUCUGUGUGGCUCAUUGUCACGUACAUCGUGUUCUGGCGGCCGGACACCAGCGGACGCCAGCACGGCGCCGAGGAUCCGCUUUACGCCGACUUCCUGGAGAAGCUCAAUCUGCUGGAGAAGUCUGUGGACCGCCAGAGUGACGCCUAUCAGCGCCUGGUGGCGAAGCUACUCGUGCUGCUCGAGUCACGCGUGGAUCACGGCCAGUCACAGCCGCCGGCCACCGCCGGAGCGACAGAGGCCGUCCGGGAGAUCCCGCUGGAGGCGCCGGACGACUCGCCGCCCUUCUCGGGACCCACAAUUCCCGUGAUCGUAUUCGCGUGCAAUCGCGUGUCCAUCAGCAACUGCCUCGACAACCUCAUCCAAUACCGUCCCAACAAGAAGCAAUUCCCCAUAAUCGUCUCACAGGAUUGCGACGAUGAACCAACGAGGAAAGUGAUUCAUUCGUACAAAGAACAGGUGUCACUGAUCUCGCAGCCCGAUCAGUCGGACAUUGUGGUUCCGCCCAAGGACAAGAAGUUCAAGGGAUACUACAAAAUCGCUCGGCACUACGGCUGGGCACUCAACACUGUCUUUUCGCGGGGCUACGACUUCGUCAUCAUCGUGGAGGAUGACCUGAAUGUGGCGCCGGACUUCUAUGAGUACUUCCUGGCCACGUAUCCGCUGCUGCGAAACGACUCGUCGCUCUGGUGCGUGUCAGCGUGGAAUGAUAAUGGGAAGGAGGGACUGAUUGAUGAGAGUGCAGCACAGUUGCUGUACCGCACGGAUUUCUUCCCGGGCCUUGGCUGGAUGCUCUCGAAGGAGUUGUGGGCGGAAUUGUCAGUCAAAUGGCCUAAGGCGUUUUGGGACGAUUGGAUUCGGCAUCCAGAGCAGCGGAAGGAGCGAUCCUGCAUCAGGCCUGAAAUAUCGAGAACGAGGACUUUUGGGAAGAUUGGAGUAUCAAAUGGUCUGUUCUUUGAGAAACAUCUGAAAUACAUUAAAUUGAGUGAAAACUUCGUACCCUUCUCAAAGAUGAAUUUAACUAAUUUAUUGAAGUCAAACUAUGACGAGACUUUCUUGAAGCACGUCUACGAGUGUCCUGUUGUGACUUUCGAGGAGUUGAGACGUCGAAUGGUCAUGACGAAGGAUCCCGUUCGAAUCCAGUACAAUACCAAAGAUCAGUACAAGAAGGUGACGAAAAUGCUGGGAUUGAUGGAUGAUUUUAAGAGUGGCGUCCCAAGGACAGGUUACCAUGGAAUAGUGUCAUUUUUCUACAACAAUCAGCGCGUCUACUUGGCUCCGAACAUCAAUUGGAAGGGAUACGAUCUCUCGUGGAGCUAACAAACCAUCAGGGAGUUUCUAGAUGGUUAGGAUGAUUUAAACGUCAUGGAACUGAAUUAGAGACAUUCCAAGAAGAAGUCAUUGUAUGAAUAGUAUUUAGGUGAAUUCUUUCGUUGAUCCUUGAGUGGAAGUUUUUCAACCGUUAAUGAUAAUUAAUCUCUCUUUUGAAUACAAUAAGAGACCAACAAUGAUUGCCAAUUUGUUCAUUAGCAAAUUUUUUCUAAUAAGAAAACUUUCUAUUUAAAAUAGGACUUUGAAAUUCGUCAGGUGAAAGAAAAUCAAGAAAUAAAAAAUAGCUUAGUGCAGACAACGUGUAGAUAUUUAGGCAGGAAAUCUCUAUCAUUUUCUCCAUCGAACGCUUGCUUGUGCAAGUAAAAAGCAACAGUGGAUGUUGAAAAUAUAUCGGAAAAGACUACUUUUGGCAUUCACUGUGAAAACCACAAAUUUAUGCUCAUCUGAACGAAUAAUUGCCUCUGCAAAAUGCGGAGUGGAAACACACGGGAUAAAUAACAAUGGUAUUUUUUGUAUCAACAAUAAUAAACAAAUAAGCCAAUCAACAUUUUAUCAAUUUAUGCAAAGUGUGUAAAGUGUGUUUGUGUGGAUUACUAACUUUUCGUUCAUAAACAUUAUAAGGAUUUUAGUGUAAGCAUCAAUUUAAUCCCAGUUGUAGUUUAAGGGCAGAGAUAACAUAAGGGAGAUGUAAGACAAGCCACACUGGCUGUGAUAUACAAUAAAAUGGUAACAGUUGCUGAA